GUCCACAAUCAUGAUCUCUGGCCCUUUUUGUUCGGGUUGCUUUCCCCUAACAGAACAAUAUGACCAAAUGGAAAUAUAAAUGGGCACUGACAAGGUUUUUAAAAGCACCUGAAAUAACAAUAUGUUAAAGAGUAUUACUGAGUGGACUAACAACAUGAUGGGUAAGCCUUCAAACUCGACACACUACUCAUUCCUAUCCCAAGAUGUGACAUUCACAAACAGCAUGGUUUGUUGUAAAUCACACAUUUCUUAAGGCUUUGUGUGUGGAUGUGUAUGGAUGUGUGUGUGUGUGUGUGUGUGUGUGUGUGUGUGGGUGGGGGUGGAGCUCAGUGUAAAGUACCAUUGCAGUGCCACGAUCAUUCGCACAAUGAGGAACUUCACCUUGAUGACAGUUUUACUUCUCUGCUGCCUCAGCUGGAUCUCUGUCUCAGUUUCUGAGUCUCAGACUGUGGAGGUUCAGCCUGGGGAAGACGUCACUCUGCUGUGCUCCAACUUUUCCAGUACUCCCUCUCAGAUAUAUUGGUUCAGAGUGGUCAAGAGAUCCCAGCCCCGCUGUGUCUCCUUCAUGUUCGAGGCUCCUGAGCCUGCUAGACUCUGUGAUGGAUUUCAAAAUGGAAAAUUUGAAAUGAGAUCCAACAUAUCUACUGUUUUUCUCAAAAUCAAUCAAGUGAAUUCAUCCGACUCUGGGCUGUAUUUCUGUGGAUAUAUCAUAACAAAAAAUCUGGUUAUUGUCGAUGCGACAUAUUUAGAGGUUCAAGAUGUGUUUGAUGGAAUAACAAAGCUGAUGAGUGGGAUCCUGGGCGCUCUGACUGCUUUCCUCGCUAUGAUCAUCAUUUGUCAGGCUGUUAAAAUCAAAAAGCUUCAGAAAGCUCACAUUGAGGAACGGAAUCUACAACAGACAGAGAGUCUGGGCUCAGAUGAUCUGAACUAUGCAGCAGUGACCUUUCGCGCCAAAACAGAAAGAAACCACCGGCUGGCACCAGAGACAGAAGUGGCGUCAACUGUUAUUUAUUCAGCCACCAGAUAGACUCAGGAAGCACCUGCUGUUAUUUUUUAAGCAUACUGUUACACUGUACUGUGUUUUAGUCUGUUUGAUUGGU